GUAAUGAGAAAGCAGCAUCCAGAUGUUUUAUCCUGGGGGAGGAGCUUCACAGAUCACUCCCUGAUCUCAUCGCGCACCGUUCGUGACGAACCUCCGUGACGUGUCCAGUUGCUGCAGCAACGCUCCGCCCCCAGCGCGGUGCGGAGUAGGAAGUGGCCGGUAACCUUCACUCGGGGCCGGGAGCAGCGGAGGAGAAGAUCGGGAGGUGCAGGGAGCGGCCAUGGUGCUGAUCAAAGAGUUCCGAGUUUUGUUGCCAGUAUCGGUGGAAGAGUAUCAAGUGGGCCAGCUAUACUCUGUAGCAGAAGCCAGCAAAAAUGAAACAGGAGGAGGUGAAGGCGUUGAAGUACUUGUAAAUGAGCCUUACGAAAAGGAUGGAGAGAAAGGGCAGUAUACACACAAGAUUUACCACCUACAGAGCAAAGUCCCGACAUUUGUACGGAUGUUGGCGCCUGAAGGAGCACUAAAUAUGCACGAGAAGGCCUGGAAUGCUUACCCCUACUGCAGAACCAUAAUUACAAAUGAAUACAUGAAGGACGAUUUUUUGAUUAAGAUUGAGACGUGGCACAAGCCAGAUCUUGGCACACAAGAUAAUGUUCAUAAGUUAGAGCCAGAUGUUUGGAAGAAUGUGGAAAUAGUACAUAUUGACAUUGCAGAUCGAAGCCAGAUUCACUCUAAGGAUUAUAAACCAGAAGAGGAUCCAUCUAAAUUUAAGUCUAUCAAGACAGGUCGAGGACCACUUGCUCCUGAUUGGAAGAAAACAUUGGGACAGCGGAAGGACAUUCCUCACAUGUGUUGUUAUAAACUGGUGACUAUCAAAUUCAAAUGGUGGGGCCUGCAGAACAAAGUGGAGAGCUUCAUACAGAAGCAAGAAAGGCGGCUGUUUACAAACUUCCAUCGACAGCUUUUCUGCUGGCUUGACAAGUGGGUUGAGCUAACAAUGGAUGACAUUCGCAGGAUGGAGGAGGAAACAAAGAAAGAGCUUGAUGAGCGUGAGAUCAUGUGA